CACAGAUUACCUAAUAGAUUACAUUUCUUUGAACUCAACAGUUCGAUGUUCUGCUCAGCGUUUACUCCAAGUAUUUACCACUUUCAUGCGGAAAAGCCUGUCUUUCGGAAACCGAGGUUUCGGGUUUGUUCAUCUACUUCUAGUGGGAAUGACAGAUUCAAACUAGAGUAUACUCCUUGGCUUAUCGUUGGGUUGGGUAAUCCAGGAAACAAGUAUCAUGGAACAAGACACAAUGUUGGUUUCGAGAUGGUCGAUAAGUUGGCAAGAAAAGAAGGUGUUUUGAUGAACACAAUACAGUCGAAAGCUCUUAUCGGAAUAGGUAUUACUUCUCUUGCUUUCGCUUCUUUCGGUUUGGAGCAUAACAAAGCUGAUGACUUUUCGGGUCUAUGUAUGAUCAGUACAGGUGCUAUCGAAGAGGUACCUAUCUUGUUGGCUAAACCUCAGACUUAUAUGAACUUCAGCGGCGAAUCGGUUGGAUCUUUAGCUGCACACUAUCAAGUACCAUUGCGCCACAUUUUACUGAUUUACGAUGAGAUGGCUUUACCAAAUGGGGUUUUGAGACUUCAACCAAAAGGAGGUCAAGGCUAUCACAACGGAGUAAAGAGUGUAAUGGGGCAUUUGGAUGGUCGUAGAAACUUUCCAAGGCUAAGCAUAGGCAUUGGUAAUCCACCUGGAAACAUGGACAUGAAAGCUUUUCUUCUUCAGAAAUUUAGUCCAUCGGAACGGAAACAGAUCGAUGAAGGACUCGAGCAAGGAAGUGAAGCAGUGAGGACUCUUGUACUCAAUGGAUUCAAUCAAGGAAUCUCAAGAUUUAAUCUUGUGCAGAAGUAUAAAUUCCACAAAGUAUAA